GAACCAUCAGUUCGUGUGCACAAACACCAUGAAUACUUUAUCGAUCGGAUUUUGUGUUUUGUUUACCGCCACCGUGGUCCUGGCUGGUGGGUACCACCACGAAGACAAUGGCCCAGCGUACUACCAAUUCGAGUACGGCGUCCACGACCCUCAUACCGGUGAUGUUAAAUCGCAGAAGGAACACAGACAUGGGAAGGAAGUGACCGGGUCGUACACUUUAAAGGAAGCUGAUGGUACCACUCGCGUGGUCAAGUACCAUGCUGGGCCGCACGGCGGGUUUAAUGCGGUGGUUGAGAGGAUUGGACACGCUGUUCAUCCGGCUCAUUAUGGACAUCAUGGGCAUGGAGGACGUGGUGGACAUGGUGGACAUGGUGGUACUAGUUACGUUGGUACCACUCAUUUUGGAUAUGGUGGACAUUAGGUUAUUUGUGGUGCCAAAGAAUAGUUGCGUUUAUUUUUGUGUUUUUUUUGUUAUCUUUUGAUUUUUUAAAAUAUAUAAAUAAUAAUAAAAUAAAUGAGAAAAUGG